GGAUCAUAUGACUUUUAAUAAUGGCGGACAUUGCGAACGAAAAUAAGUGAACGGUUUCUAUUUCCGCUAUUUCAAGGAAUUCGAUUUUUUGUUCGCAAAGACGUUCGAAUCAAAGCUAAUAUUCUACUUUCAGAGAAACACCAGAUAACAUUACAGUAUGAAUCGUGGUGAGUUUGGUUCAUAUGGUGCUGUAGAUAAUGAUGGCAGCUCUGGCGCUCCUGGCAAUAUAAAUACUUUGUAUGGACAUGGUGGUGGUGGAAGUUACCAAGGAAUAGAAGAUGAUUUUCAAGACCUUGUAGACCAAGCAAGUAGUAAUAUAUAUAAAAUUAACAAUAAUGCAUCAGCACUUGAGAAGACUCUCCGACAAAUUGGAACCAGUACAACAGAUAGUAAAGCACUCCGAGAUAAAAUUCACCACACACAACAAGUAACGAACACUAUAGUAAACAAAACAUCCAAACUAUUGAAAACGCUUGCCAAUGCAUCAAGAAAGAAAACUAAGCAACAAAGGCUGCAAGUUGACAGGCUUGGAAGUGAUUUUAAAAGUGCAGUAAGGGGCUACAGUACAACACAAAAGAAAGUAGCAGAAAAAUUGAAGAUAUCUCCGGAACCACCUGCCAUGGAACGACUGCCACCUGAUGGUUAUGGUGGACCAGGUGCUUUUGAUGACUAUGGAGAUGACAAGGCAGCACUUAUGGAAGAAGAAAGCAGGCGACAACACUUAGCUCAAUUACAAGAGCAAGAACAAGUUAUUGAGUUUGACCAAGCAUUAAUGGAAGAACGAGAAGACAGGAUACGACAAAUAGAGGCAGACAUUUUAGACGUUAAUCAAAUUUUUAGAGAUUUAGCUUCUUUAGUAUAUGAACAAGGUGAGAUGGUGGAUACAAUUGAAGCUAAUGUUGAAAAGGCAUAUGAUAAUGUAGAAUCUGGAAAUGUACAACUACAUCAAGCAAGUCGAUAUCAGAUUAAGUCGAUUCAUAAAUUUUCAAUAUCGGGAAAAAUUCCCAAGGGUUUGGUGGUUUCAAAGAAAACCGUUAUACCUGGUUUGAAGCCGUCUACGGCAUUCCUACAAAAGUGGGAACUCAUCUCAAAUCAGGCAUCGAAACAGUACACUAAACUACUCGAUAUUUAUCUACCGACGCAUCUGAAACAAUUUCAGGCCGUUCUGGUAAAGGAAGAGAAGGACGCGUUUGAACACAUCAAACGCCUGGCUGGAGACGAGCAUCAGGCUCUGGCUGUCAAUAAACUGAGGCAAUUCCUAAAACAAACGAGGAAAAGAGUACAGGGCAGUAAAGGGCAGUAA